AUGACGACCACUCCUGCACCGAGCCAAGAUGGAACACCCCCCAAUGAUCCGCCGACCGUUCCCCCUAUGACUCACAGCAUUCCUCCAAAAGCGCCAAUGCAGCUCACACCGCCUUACUCGUCGUUCAGUAAACGCCAGAAACACCUGAUCAUCACACUCGCAUCGAUAUCAGCUACUUUCAGCGGAUUCGCGUCAAAUAUCUAUUUCCCCGCAAUUCCAACCAUAGCUAGAAGUCUACGUACCACUGAGUCGAAUAUCAAUUUGACAGUGACCAGCUAUAUGGUGUUUCAAGCUAUCUCACCAACUUUCUGGGGCGCAGUUUCAGACGUAUCCGGUCGACGACUCACCCUUUUAUGCACAUUCGUUGUCUUCCUCUCUGCCUGCAUAGGUCUUGCUCUCUCCAACCAUUUCUAUCAAUUGAUCAUCCUCAGAUGUCUCCAGAGUACCGGAAGUGCAAGUACCAUUGCGAUUGGAUCGGGGAUGAUAGGUGAUAUCACUACGAGAGAGGAACGGGGAGGAUAUAUGGGGAUUUUCCAAACUGGCUUGUUGGCUCCGUUGGCUAUCGGACCUGUCCUAGGGGGUGUUUUCGCCGAUACUCUGGGAUGGAGGUCCAUCUUCUGGUUCUUGACCAUAUACUCCGGUGUAUAUCUCAUCAUACUCAUUCUAUUCUUGCCUGAGACGUUACGCUCGAUAGUAGGCAAUGGUAGUAUACCGCCAUACAAGAAAGUCAAAGCACCUUUCGAGAGAUACGUUUCAAAUCGCUUGUCGGCAUCCGAACAAUCAGAAUCCAGCGUCGAGAGCGAGAAGAAGAAACUCAAGAUUGAUUUCAUUGCACCGAUUAGAAUACUAUUUGAAAGAGAAGUCAUAUUUGUUUUGAUUUUCUUGUCGAUACAUUACGCGACUUGGCAAAUGGCCCUCACUAUUCAAUCGACCUUGUUCUCUGAUAUAUACGGUUUAGGAGAAAUCGACAUUGGCUUGACAUUCUUAUCGAACGGUGCAGGGUGUAUGUUAGGUACUUUGACGACUGGUAAACUUCUAGAUAGGGACUACAAACGGAUCAAGCAGAAACAUUCAUCUGCAGAAGAUGAUUUUCCAAUAGAACAAGCUCGACUUCGGACAGUAUGGCUAUGGUCACCCUUACAAUGGAUAUCAGUUAUUGUAUUCGCCUGGACAACAGAUAAACACUCGCAUAUCUCUAUUCCGAUAAUUGCGAGCUUCGUUCUGGCCUGGUCGGCAAUGUCAAUCCAAAGUGUUAUCACUACUUUCUUAGUUGAUAUUUUCCCCAAGAGCAGCGCCUCAGCAACUGCUGCGUUGAACUUGGCUAGGUGUCUCAUAGGUGCUAUUGCGACUGGAACAAUCAACCCUUCGAUACGGAGUAUAGGCGUAGGACCGAGCUUCAUGAUCUGGCUUGGGUUUAUGGUGGGUUCGUUGGGGUUAGUAGGAGUGCAGAUGAAGUUUGGACCGGGUUGGAAGAAGGGGAGGCAGGAGAGGGAGAAGGAGAGGGAGAAAGGAGUAUGA